GCCCCGCCCCGCCCGCACCCAGGCGCAGGCGCGAGGCGAUCAGAGCGCGCCAAAAAGCUUGGAGCGCCAAAGCCUUUCAAAGCCGGGGGCGCGAGCCGCGGUGCGUGGAUUGUGGAAUGGCCCGGAACUCUAAAGUGCCUGAGCUGAACUUUGACUAUUGGUUGGAUAAAGCUAUUAAAUGGGGCCAAGCCACCACAUUAGAAUCCCAGAAGGAUGUGUGCUUUCACUUGCCCCAGCUCCAGGAGUUUCUCCAUCAGAUUUAUGAAACUUUAAAAUGUAUGGAUUCAAUUGCAGCAAUACAGCAGUUCCCCUUAAUUGGCCAGCUUCUAGGAAGGCUUUGUUGGAAUCCGUUUGUUAUAGGAAAUGAUGCAAGCCAGAAGGCUCUGAUGUGGUGCUUAUGUUGUCUAUACAGCAGUGAACCACAGAACCCUGUGGAAUUGAAGGCCAACAGCUGGAUACGCAGUUUGCUGUGCCAUCUCCUUUCUUCUUCUAAGUGGGAAAGUAAUGAAGUUGAAACCAGUACAUUCAUAUCAACUCUUGGCUACACAUCAGCAGAUUAUUAUUGUCAGUUAGUUAAAAAUGUGGUCGGUUUAUUAGUAACAGAACUCAAAGGAAAUCAGUUCAAUGGACUUAAUAUUCAGGGGAGAGUUUCAGCCAGUCGUGUGAAUGCGAUGUCCCUUUUCUGUCUUCCUCUCAUUACUUUGCCUGAUCUAAGUUUAUUAUUGGAAACUCUUCUUCUUUACCAUGGAGGUCCAUCAAAAGAAGUUCUCAGUUCAGAGUUUCUGGAAGCUGUAAAUGAUGCCUUUUUAAAGAAGAAGAUCUCCCUCCCUGAAUCAGCUGUCUUCAGCCUCUGGCUUCGUCACUUACCAAGUCUUGAAAAAGCUACACUGCAUCUUUUGGACCAGCUGUUUUCCCUUCAGUUGUGUUCACUGGAAGAAGUGGCUUGUAUCAUAAAAGACUCCUUACUGCCACAAGCAGCAAGCCAUCCUGCUAUUUUCAGAGCUGUUAAUGAAAUUUUCAAGAAUGCACUGCUGGAAACUGAUGGAACUCCAGAAGUUAUGACCAUAAUACAGGUGUUUACACAGCUCUUCCUUCAGGCUCAUCAGAAUGAAAACAAGCAGCAUAAAUGUCCACUGAAGGCCUACUUUGCUUACCAUCACCAGCCUCUUGUAACAGCUUUACUCAGAUGUCCGUUUGAAGUGCCGACUGCACACUGGUCUCAACACUUAAAACACAUUUCGGAUAUGCUCAAAGUAUUAGCAGAAGAUACAAACAUUAGUUCUCCUACUGAACUUUUUGAAAUCUGGUUUUUGGUUGCUCGCUUUGGUGAAUGGCUGGAUAUUGCAGCAGAACAAUUGCUGAAGGCUGCUGUAGAACCAGAUGCUUUGCUGUGGCUGCUGGCAUUUUACUACUGUCCCCAAAAUGAAAAUCAACAAAGGACUCAAACAAUGGUAGAAGCUCAAGCAGUCUACAGUCGUUUAAUGAUGCUCUUCAGCCGUACAGUCCUUUCUGUCAAAGAUCUGGAGGCUGCUGUACACGAUAUAAUAGAUGUAAAGCAGUGUUGUAACCAGCAACUUAUAACACAUCUUCUUACCAACUUUUUACUCUUUUCUUCUGGUGGGCAUAUGAUUGCCCAAGAAUUUAUUCACUGUAUUACUGAGACAACUGAUACAAGCAAAGAAGUUCGUAGCCUUCUUAUCCGUACUGCAUACAGAAUUAAACGUAGAGGAGAUAAAACCCAAAGGACUGCAAAGCUCCUGAAUGAACUUCUUCAGGAAGUGACAUUGAUGGUUUAGAUUUUUAAUGUCAUCUACUUAUCAAGCCAGCAAAUCAGAUCUUCAUCCAGAUGUCAGACUUUCAUUAAUGUCUUGCACCACAAGUUACCAAGGGUAGAAAAAUAUCUACUUAAGAAAAUCCCACAACUUUGUAUUCCCUCAUGCAUAUUUGAAAAUAACCUUUUAUUUGGAAAUGCUAACGUCUGAGAAGGUAACAGUAAAUAUUAAAGAUGGUUUAAAAUUCUGUUCUGAGCACCUUCUUUAACAAAAGAUCAAUGCCAUUUAAAGCAGUUCACUCAUUUUGUUGUUUAUCUAGCUGAGAAUCACUUGGUUUUAUUAGCAAAUCAUACCAAAUUGCUUGGUUCAUAGCUUUUUCCUAAAAUGUUUUGUUCUAAAAUUCUGCAUUUCUGAACCUAACGAUGAUCUCAAGUGAGACUAAGUGAUUCAUGGUGAAUGCUCUCUGUGUUCUCAGGAAAUCAACGUUUCCUGAACUGUUAGUUCUUUUUGCAAAUGUUUCCAAAAUGAAACCCCUCUCAGAGUUGCUAAAUUAUAUGUUUCAGUACUGCAGCUUUCAGAGGACAGUGUUCUCUUCAAAAUACUAUGCCAAUAGCUGGUCUUUGUCAACUGAUGCUACAGGUAGAGGGCUGCUUGUGGUACAGCCUGUUUUCAGUGUGCCAUUGAUGCUAUUGUUUAUUCAUUUAAGAAAUCUUUUUUUUUUCAUUCAGACAAAAUAGGGCAGCCACUACAUAGGCAUAAGGAAGCUUUCCAGUUUGAGUGCCAAAUUUGCUAAGCAGACCAUAUGGUUGCAGCUUAACUCCUUCCUUUUUGUGUCCAGAAGUAGUUUGCUUGCUUCUUUAUUUAGGUUUUUUUAGUCUCAUGCAAACAGCAUGGGCAGCGAGCAAUAGUUUACUGUUUUAAUUCAGGAAGGUAUUUGUUCUAAGAAGUUUUGUGAACCUCUUUCUAGCUUAACUAGAAAAAUAAGCUUGGAGAAUAGUAAUGACAGAGGGUCCUGACCCUUUUCACCCUUUUCUUAAGCCUUUUUACAUAUAUUUAAUGUCAAUGCUUGUGCUAUGUUCAAAGAUGCUGCUUGGAAUACUGUUCUUGCAUGUAAAAUCAGAGGUAUGUAUCUGAAAUUAACACAGCUUUCUGAAUGUAGCAUUUGGUUUUGAGCAAGGGAAAAGAAGAACAACCUACAGUGUCCCUUGGCUAUAAGAAGUGGAAGAAUAUUUUCUGUAAUGCUGUUGACUGAUUUCUUACAAUUUUCUUCCCACUGAGUCAUAUCAGAUCAAAUGACAGAGGUUACGUGUCUUCAUGUCACUUUGUUAAUUUUUUUAAUACUUGAUUCCAGCAAAAAGAAAUAGUAAAUAUGUAAUAUAUAUCUAUGAGGAAAACUAUUUUUCUCUCUUUUUGGAUUAAAAAUAUUUCUGAAUGAAAAAUCAGAAAGAGAUGUGUUGCAAUUUUUCAGUUGUUUGUAGCCACAUAUGUCUUAAAAAGCAAAAUCAAGCAAUCCUGUUUUCUGAAAUGCAUGGGAUUAAACUAAAUUAUUUGUUGAUCACAGUCCCUGUGGUAUAGGGGGAACACAUGUGGAAUAGUCUGUCUGGCAUGAUAAACGAUCUAAAAUUUGUCUCCAAAAGAAUGAUUUUUUUUUUUUUUGACGCUUUAGUUUCUAAUCCAGUUGUUGGAUGUGAGAUUCUUUGAUUGUCCUCGAAUUCUAUCUGUAUUACAACUGUAUGUAUUUUUAGCUACUUAAAAGAAAGAUUGGCAAAAAGCUGCAACAUAUGUUUCUUGCAGAUUUGUUGGAUGAAUGAUAUGGAUAGUAUAUUGAUAUGUGCAUUACAGUUGUUGGAGUGGAAUUUGCAAAUGUCCUUUCACAAUGCAGUAUUUUUUUUCCGCUAACAAAGCACAUAAAAAUUCUUCCAACUUUUUUAAACAAAAUCAAUGUCCUGUCAAAUAGUGAUAAGUCAAUUAAAGCAGGAAGGAAAUGUACAGUAAAGGCAUAAAGAACCAAAUUAGUAAUGAAUUUGUACAUUCUUGUUUUCCUUGUGUUUGGUUUUUUUACAGAAAUACUGUAUGAUUUAAAUAUUACAAGGAAGGUUUGGUCAUUUCAGGAGGCUUUAAGGAAGAAAUCUAAUUGAUGCUGUGUGUAACUUAAAAAAGAUACAACUGUAGUGGCAUUCUUUUUGCUUUACUUAGUAUAGUUAUAAAUUUCUGGUAUUUUGCUAUAUUAUCUAGCAACAAAGUAAAUUGCUAAUGUUCUAUGUAAGUGAAUAAUGUAAUGGUAAUUAAAAUGAAGGAGGUGUAAGAAGGUGAGAAAUUCUGACUCUGAAAUGCAGCUUCCUAAUAGACCCAAGUUUGAAAGAUCAAAACCUGGAAUGUUACAAGAGGAGUCCUCCACCAGAGCACCAACCAUGCUUUUGAAUCCAUGUUUUUAUACUUGCUAGAUAGUCCGCAACAGCUUUGUUAAGGAAUCAGCAUUUUUUUCUGGGUGAGACAAGAAGUUAAACCACUGUAGCUGAAUUAACUGGUGCUACAGGAAGCCCUCUAGAACCUAGUUCAUAGCAGUAUUCACAUGUGGGCCUGUUUAAGUCCUCUCUGGCAAGUUUUUCUGACUUGUGAUACAAUUUUUCCUUAAAUGCUUGCCUGGAUUUAGAAGAUAUGCUCAUGGUAGCUGUUUCAUUGCUGCCUUAGCAGAGAGUAGCUUAUUCUGGGAAUUUGCUGGUAGGUGGUCUGUUCGCUAGUGCGUGCCAAGAAGAGUUUCCCUUGCUUGCAUUGGCCUUUUUCCUUUAACCAGCUGUCUGGCUGCUGGAAAGAAAUAACAGACUUCAUGAGCCCCUUUUGAUGGCUUAAGUGUACUCAUAGUGGCUGGGUCCUUUUAGUGGCCAGGAGCCAUCCUGGGAUAGGCGUUGGAUUGCCUUCAGCUACUGGAACAGGAAUUUGAAAUGUCAGCUGGAUGUAACUGAGUUGUAGCAAUACAGUUUGUAGGCACAGUCUGUGCCUUGGAUGGCAUUUUAUAUGCUCGGAUGUGUGUAAAGGAAGAGAGGGUACGGAGCAAGAAAAAAACCCCAGGAUGUUGAAACUCAGUUGCAGAAAUUUAUCUGUGAUUUUUAUAUUCAGUUUAAUUGUAGGACUGAUAGGAUUAGGAAAUAACAAUUUCAUAAAAGAGAGUUUACCUGAACUACAAGUAGCAUAAAAAGUCUAGCACCACUACAUCAGUAAUACAUUUAACUAACUUCCUAUCUCUUAACAAAUCUUCCUAUUUAAAAGCAUGUUUCAUAACUCUUCUGUAUUAUGUCAGAUGAUAGACCCAUUUCAUAAAAAAUCAGCCCCGCGAGAACAACAUCUGUCUCUUUUCCAUUAAUUUGAAUAAAAAUAUCUCUUAGGCCCAUAAACUUUGGCAGAUGCACAUUGCAGUUUUGUAAAGAACACAUUUUUACAUGUUCUGGACCAUAACGAACAGUUCAGCUUAGUUCUCCACAUUCUGAAUUGUACUGUCCUUCAGAUUUCCCACAUGCAUGUGCCAAAUCAGCCCAUAUAUACAGCUUAUUCGCUUCUUGCUGUUUUGAUAUUAUUCCUUAGCUUGAUCAUUUAUUUUGAGGCUACCAAACAUGCGCGCUGAACAUGUUAUUUGCCUGCUGCUGGUAAAAAUUCCCUUACUAUUUCAUGAAUGAGAAAGCAGCUUUUCUCUAUUUUGACUAAUGAUGCUGUAAUUUCUAAUGCGUAUAAAUUUUCUAAAGAUAGGACUUCCAUUUUUUUUAUUCCAAAUUAACUUGUGAUGGUAGCUGAAGUUACAAAUUUUCCAUCCAUAGAAAAUUCCCCAUAUCAUUCCCCAUAGAGACUACCAGUAAGUGUUUAAGUGUUUUUAAUCUCAUGAUAGUGCCGCACUCACAUAUCAGCUUGAUAGGUCUGCAAAGAGAGAGGGAAAAGCCAGUACUGAAUUCUACAGAAGAGGAGGGAGGCCUUGAAUUUUGCUACAGAAUUAAUCCUUGCCAUGAAAAUGACUGAUACCUGUGUCUGUGAGGUCAGGCAUUAACUGUGAGUUUCUAGUAGGAAGGAUCAAUACCAUCUUUUCUGGAGACAGGACAACGAUAUAAAUGUUGUUUCCCCUAGACCACUGAAUUUCUUCUUCAAAUACAUUACAAAAAUUACUGUUAUGUUUGAACUUUCCUUUCUUGUGGGUUUGGUUCUUUGCUAAAAACAGUGCUCUUUGCUGAGCACUGUUCAGUGUACUUUUAGGACCAGAAUUGCUGUAGUUGCUUAUUCUGACCUAUUUGACCAAGCCAUAGAAGGAUGCUGGGCAAAUGUCCAGUCCAAACCUUGCAAUUAAGCUAUAACAUCCAUUUCAGAAAGUUAUUUUUGUUGCAAUUUAAGAGUUUCAGAUGACAGCUCUUUACCAUUUUUCAUUGUAUGUUUCCUGAUCUUGAUUUCUUUUCAACAAUCCUGCUUCCACUUGCCAUUAUUGGCAGAGUGAGCUCUCAGAUGCGGUUGACUCUUUAGGCAGAGACAUUGCCUUUUCUUUCUCUUCCGCAUCUCUCUCCCUUUCUGCCUAGGAUACAAAAUGAAGGUAGGUGUGAUCCAUAAUUGGUUUCUAGGAGAAAGCGAAUCAACUGGGUUUUGCUAGGCUAAAGUAUGUAAUGUUGCAUGCUAUCCGCUGUGCCAGUAUUUGCCAGUUCCUGUGUGUCCCUGUGUGUGUGAUGCUGGCUCUGCUCCCAGGCACUACCCCAGCACAAAUUUUAAUGUGUUGAUUACUGUUAAUUUACAUGCAUAAACUUAGUUUAUUUUUUGUAAGAUUAACGUUAUUCUGACAAUCUCUUCUGCCUUUCCAGCAGCUGAGGUAGAAACAGUUUUUCAUCUUUUACCUCUUCUCUGUGUAUGGGCAGGGUGUACAACAGCAGAUCUAGUCACUUUAUUUUGUUAACCUGAGACCUCAUCUGGAGUACUGUGUCCAGUUCUGGAACCCUCAACAUAAGAAGGAUAUGGAGCUGUUGGAACGGGUCCAGAGGAGGGUUACAAAGAUAUUCAGAGGGCUGGAGUGCCUCCCAUACAAGGACAGGCUGAGAGAGUUGGGACUGUUCAGCCUGGAGAAGAGAAGGCUAUGAGGAGAUCUUACAGCAACCUUCCAGUACCUGAAGGGGCUACAGAAAAGCUGGAGAGGGACUGUUCGCAAAGGCUUGUAGUGAUAGGAUUAGGAGCAAUGGGUAUAAACUGGAGAGGGGCAAAGUUGCACUAGACAUCAGGAUGAAUGUCUUUACCAUGAGAGUGGUGAGGCACUGGCACAGGGAAGCUGUGGCUGCCCCAUCCGUGGAGGUGUUCAACGCCAGGUUGGAUGGGGCCUUGGACAGUCUGGUCUAGCGGGAGGUGUCCCUGCCCACGGCAGGGGGGUUGGAACUAGAUGGUCUUUAAGGUCCCUUCCAACCCAAACUAUUCUAUGAUUCUAUGAAUUUUAUUUUAAGGUAGGAUACCUCAAAGUUAUAUAAACAUCAUAGAAUGAAAUUGAAGAACUGUCAUAUAGAAUCAUAUAAGAGCUGAAUACCUGUUCUUUGUACUGAGAUCCUUCGCAUUCAUACUUCUGUCUAACCAAACAGCAGUCUCUAAGUCAGCUGUUCCCUGCCCUGAUUUCUUCAGACUCGGCAAACUUAGAGUAGAGUAGAAUAUGGUAUUAUAUCCAUGCCAUCUCCCUUCUGCUUCAAGAAUUAGCCGUUUGAACAGCACAGUAACUGCAUGGCACUUAAACAGUAACUCUACUUUGGAGCAGUUCUUCCAAGAUGUAUUGAAGGGCCUGGCAAUCCACAUGGAUUUAAAGAAAAUAUGAAAAGGAUUGCCACGUGGCGUCCUGUUGUGGUGCCACUUUCAUAAUUUUUCUAUCAAUUCUGUUCUAUUUUGUGAAUCUGAAACAUAGUAUGGCUUCGAUUUUUCAGACAUUUGGAGAGUAAGCUCCUCCUUCCCAACUGCAGUGGGAGCAGCGGGUCCUUACUACCCCCAAAGCACACCACAAAGCCCAGUCUGUACUAGCUGUGUUUCAAGACGGAGAGAGGAAUGAUUUCUGGUGAUGUUGUUUCUCAUCUGUUAUAAACCUGUGGCUUUCGUGCUGGAUGCUCUUGAUGCCAAAACAUAAAUUAUAAUGCUAAAAAUGCACCAACUUUUAGCAUUGAACUUUCUUCUGUGGUGUAGGGUGAUUGCUUUUUUUCAGCAACAGAUCUAUCCCACAGCUGAUGUUGGUGUUACUUGACAUUAGUAAAAGAGAAUCAGCUAGCUUAAGACUUUGUAGACAGACACCGGUCUUACUGAUUUCUUAGUAUGUCUGCUUCCUAAUUCCAGUUCCUUAUAACCAGUUAUCAAGUGGGAAAUGUGUGCAUUCCUGACAUUUGACUGAAAAAAAGGAGAAGCAAGAAGACGUGUCUAGAAACCAUAAAAUGUCACUUGAUGGGCAUACUUGUUCUUACGUAAAGUGAGUGAGUGAUUAUUCAUAUGACUAUUCAUCUAUGUAAAAAAAAAAAAGUCAGCAUUUAUGCCAUGUAGCUGCAUUUUUUUUAUAUUCAGGCAAACAGGGACAUUUUUUUUCCCCUCAACUAAAAUUGGGAGCUUAUUAAACAGCCGCCUUGUAGAAAAAUGAACAGGAAGUGAUGAUGAGUUCAGAGCACGAUGGACAGUUUCAGCACAAGGGGUUGCAAUGACAACAUCGUAACGGCAGUAUUGCAGAUUGCUGUUUGCCGCAUUACUGAAGGGAACAAGAGAGAGUCCAAAAUGAAUGAUGAUGCUAUAGGGAAGCAGCAUGUGAAAAGUGGAAUGAGGGGGAAAGGGGCUUAUGCAUUACAUAAGGGAACAAGAAAAAGGAAUCAUACUUUCCAGAUGUAAAAUUGAAUAAAUUAGGAUCAUGCUUGGCCGUUAAACACAUGCAGAAUGGAGUAAGGUGUCUGCUAACACACUAUGAUUUCUGGUUUUGUUGUGCUGCAGGAGUUGACUGUAAGGGGGUACAGCUGUAAAGCAGAUUGCUGUUACUACUGUCUCUUAAGAUAAUUGAAGAACAAAAGUUAGAUGAUACUGAGAUGUAACAACAUGAGGUUAACAACAGAUUAAAAAAAAAAACCAAACAUUUUUUUGUCUAGUAGAUGACAACCACUGUCCAUUCAGGAUUAAUGAUGAAGUGAAACACGUUAUUGUGUCAAAUAGUGGCUUCUCAAAGUAGCCUGUUCAGAUCUAGCAACAUUUAGUCAAGACGGCCAGGGAUGGUGCUAGUGGCAAAACAGGCACUAUUGGCUUAGGAGUAAAAUAUCCCAGAGAGAUUUUUAGCAUAGAACCCCAGUGCUGAGAUACUGCUUCCAGCAAGCUCAGAGGAAAAGCCUGGACACAGUCAGACAAACAGCAUUUUUUCACAGAUGACUCAAAUGAGCUUCAUUAACCAAAGGUUACAAUGAUGUCCAGCUGCUGUCCAGCUGCAUGCAAGAGGAUGAGAGCCAUCGUCUCUACAAUGGGGACAAUAAGUAUAAAUAAGCUUUUGCAUGGUGGUACAGUGGGCAUUACUGCUGUUGGGAUGCUGUGCUAAUACAAAGCAAUGCUCAGCUGAAAAUUAAGUUCUGUUUUCUGAUGUGUAAAUGUUCAUGAAAAAGCAAAUCUUCACACAAUGGAUAUGUCUGCAUGCCUUUAAAUAAGGGUUAUAACAAAUGCCUAUUCUCAUUCUGACAAGUAUAAGCAACAGAAAUCAGGCCUUUAAUUUUGUGCAGAAAAUAUACCCUCAGUUUUACUCACAGUGAACAGACAAACGCACUUUACCUCCCAAGCACUGUGCAAAUGUUUUAAUUUCCCUAUGCACUGGCAUACUUUGGCAUACUUCACUGGCACACAAUGUCAGCCUGCCAGCAAAGUAGUUUUUAAAAUAAUUUUUCCAAUACGUUUGGUCCUCGGAAACAAGGCAACACCUCCAUGUUAGUAUGUACAUACACUUCAGUAUUUAUAUGUGCUUAAACUCAGUACACUUGUGAAAUUCUGAAUAAGUCAGGUUUCUCUUUUUAGUUGCUUCCUUGUAAUUAAUUCUUUUUUGUUGGAAUCCUAAUCUGUGCCUCAAAGAUUGGGGCCAAGAAUGGAAAGGCACCUAUAUCUCUGUUAAAAAUCCUGUUAUAGAGGACCUCAAGCCUGACUCAUGAAUGCUGGGACCUGUAGCAAAAAGGUAGAUAUUUUAUAAUUGUAAAAGACCACAAAAUAUAUUAGUUUACUUUUAGGUAUGAAGACGUGGUGUCUUGGAAUAAGGUUUUCAGUGAAUUAGAGUAAGAUUUUGUGCUCAGUACGUGGGUUUGAGUAAGUCAACUAGUAGUCUUAUUGUAUUAUUCUGUUAAGAGCACACUUAGCUCAGAGGAGAAUACCAUUAAGUUGCAGAUGUAAAAUUUGAAAGUUCUGAGAUAAUUCAUAUACAACUACUCCUGACUCUUAAAUCAUAUGUAUGGAAAGACAGAUUCGUGAAGGUAUGGAAAUUCUUUAAUCUUCAGGCACAAAAGCCAAGACAGCAGUCCUGUGCUGCAGGACUAUCUGUAACACAUGACUUGCAGUGUUUGUGCACCAGUGCUGCAGCAUGCGCAGGACCCACCCAGGGUCUGGAGUGUGUCCUGAAAGGCGUGGGUUUUCCAGGUAUUUCCAAUCCAGUUUCUACAUGGAAAAGAUCUAGUAAACUAGAAAAGCCUUUGGCACACAAUGGCACACAGUAACUUUGCUGCUUGGUCAUUGUUACAAAGGCACCAUGGUUUCCUCCAGCCAACUUAUGUAUGAAGAGGAGCCUACACCUGUGAACUCUAAACACUGCUAAAAUUCUCUGGUAACAGAAGAAUCAUAGAAUCACCAGGUUGGAAAGGACCCAUUGGAUCAUCGAGUCCAACCAUUCCUAACACUCCCUAAACCAUGUCCCUCAGCACUUCAUCCACCCGUUCCUUAAAUACCUCCAGGGAAGGCGACUCGACCACCUCCCUGGGCAGCCUGUUCCAGUACCCAAUGACUCUUACUGUGAAGAAUUUUUUUCUGAUAUCCAACCUGAACCUCCCCUGGCAGAGCUUCAGGCCAUUCCCUCUUGUCCUGUCCCCUGUCACUUGGGAGAAGAGGCCAGCUCCCUCCUCUCCACAACCUCCUUUCAGGUAGUUGUAGAGAGCAAUAAGGUCUCCCCUCAGCCUCCUCUUCUCCAGGCUAAACAACCCCAGCUCUCUCAGCCGCUCCUCGUACAACUUGUUCUCCAGCCCCCUCACCAGCUUUGUUGCUCUUCUCUGGACACGCUCCAGAGCCUCAACAUCCUUCUUGUGGUGAGGGGCCCAGAACUGAACACAGUAUUCGAGGUGCGGUCUCACCAGUGCUGAGUACAGAGGGAGAAUAACCUCCCUGGACCUGCUGGUGACCCCAUUUCUGAUACAAGCCAAGAUGCCACUGGCCGCCUUGGCCACCUGGGCACACUGCUGGCUCAUGUUCAGUCGGCUGUCAACCAGCACCCCCAGGUCCUUCUCUUCCGUGCAGCUCUCCAGCCACUCUUCCCCAAGUCUGUAGCACUGCAUAGGGUUGUUGUGCCCCAAGUGCAGGACCCGGCAUUUGGCCUUGUUGAACCUCAUGCCAUUGGUCUCAGCCCAGCAGUCCAGCCUGUUCAGAUCCCUUUGCAGAGCCUCCCUACCCUCCAGCAGAUCCACACUUCCACCCAGCUUAGUGUCAUCUGCAAACUUGCUAAGGGUGCACUCACUGCCUUCAUCCAGGUCAUUGAUAAAGACAUUGAACAGGGCUGGACCCCGUACCGAACCUUGGUCACCUCCUCAUUAUGAUCUGCCUUUACUCUGAAGAAGUAAGUGGUACAGGAAAAUAGAUGGUGAUCCUUGUCUAACUCUAUGAAUAUAGUUUUGGCUUAAUCUCACAUUCAUUUGUACAGUUAAAGCUACAUCGAGAAAAGAAUCAUUCAGAUCCCGAACAGCUGCUGGCCUAUUGAAAUGAAUGGGAGAAAGACCAACCUUCUGCAUCAGGCUUUCUAGUGCUAUCCAAAGCAAGGCAAGGACUGAAGUAGGGAUGGGAGGAAAAAAGCCUAACAAAAUGCUGUAUUUUAUCAGAAGGGGCCGAAUAUGAAAUAGAAGUAGAGUUAAACCUAAGUAGGGCAAGUUAAAAGGAGUGGCCUGUGCUCGUCAUAGCCACAUACACUGGUGUGUAAAUGUAGUCUUAGUCUUGAAGUCUUAGUGUCCAUUGACUAUACCUGAGAACAAACCAACUUAAUUAACAAAUGGGCAGCGUCAUGGCAUUUUCAGCGUGUUGACAGUUAAAUCUGGACAAAGGUUUUAUUUGAUAAAACAUCACUUCUGAUAAUGAUUUUUAGUUACAGUAAGUUUGGAAGUGGAUAUUUUUCUUGUUUUCCUUUAUUUACUAUAAUCCAAAUCUACAAAUUCCUCCUGUCAGGAAAUUAAUACGGAAAUACCCACCUUGGAAGAAUCUUGAGAAAAAUGAAUAGUGCUAAGCAUUGGUUGUGGCUUUGUUUUUUUUUUCUGCCAAGAUUUCAGGAAGGCCUAUUAAAAACUAAAUGAAACUUCGUAUGGUUUACUCCUAGAGCUUUUCAGCUCUAGGAUGAUUCAGAAGGAUUUUAAACUAAUGGUAAUGUUUGUACCAUGUUAAUGAAGGUACUAUUUAAGAUAUACAGUAGUCUCCUCUUCUCUCUUACUUCUGAUGAUUUAUGGUACCAGUAACUAUUUGAACCCACCUUUAGAUACCUUUUUAAUCUGACGCCUCACUCUAUGGCAAUGCUUGGCUAGAGCAACAAAAAGCCACAUGAGCCCAGAUACAGGGCCAGGGCUGCCACUUCUUUGCCAUGUUUUAUGUUGUUUGGUGUUUUAGUUUUCUGUUCAUUUUCUCAGUUGCUACAAUACAUGAUGGAUCACAAAGCUGUUGUGAAGGACACCAAUGUUCAAGUUCACGCUUAUGAUAAUACUGCUGAGACAGACUGGAGCUACUGUAGCAAGCAAAAUAAACUACUGCUGUGCUCACUAUUAAAAAAAGAAAGGUAAGAGAGGUAAAUUGUUUGGAGAGAACAAAAAUUUGGUGAUAUGUCUUUUGGUAAUGUGUGGAAUGUCUUACCUGCCAUGCAAUUUUAAUAGCACUGGCUAUUAACAGGCUUAGAACAUAUUAAUUUCUGGGUGCCUUGUGCAAGAGCCUCAUCCAGCUCUGGG